UUUUUCACCUAAAGUUGUCUCCUUUUUUUCCUCUUUUAUGUGUGGGUGUGUGUAUGGGCAUGAUUGGAGAGCUUUGCCUGCAUUGGCUCUGAAAUCCUUAAAAGAAAGUUUCCCAAGAUUACACAUCACACCCCCUAAACUUUCACUAAAACUAGAGAAGGCAGCAAUACCUAUGCAUUUUGACUCUCCCCCUAAAAUUGACUUCCCUUUCAAUUCUUCAAACUCCAAGGCAUUUUCCAUCCAAAGGACUGGACCAUAGCUUGUUUUUGAAUCUUGGAGUUCCAAAUCUGCCCUUAUUCCAUCUUCAUGAACAAUGAGGUGGUGGGGUUUUAGCAAGAAACAGAAGAUGAGUUUGGGUUUUUUGUCUCUUCUUCUUCUCCUACUUCUACAGUUGAAAGCUCCAAGCUACUAUGCAGAUGAUGGCAACCUCAGCAAUGGAGAUUCCCACAGAUUAAAAAAUGGGGUCAAACCCAUUUCUGGUGUGGGGUUGACUGCUCGGAAAUCCCACCAUCGGAUCCCAAAAGCAGCCACAAAUUUGGGCGGCCAUGUUGAAGAGAAGAAGGAAGAUGAUAUUUUUGGUGCUGAUAAGAGGAGAGUCCGUACAGGACCCAAUCCUUUACACAACAGAUAAGUAGCAGAUCAGUGUUGUAAGUUAAGAGAUAUACUCAUCUCUAGAUUUUUGUUUUUCUUUUCUUUUUCCUGUUUUUUUAUUUUCCAUUUGAUUAUAUAUCUAGCCGCUUCUUGUUUUUUUUUUUUUUUGGAUUUAAAAUGGUUACCCUCAUAUUACUUGUUCUUAUGUUUGGCUCAGUUUAUUGAGGGGCAUUAAGUACUCCAGAAUGUUUCCAGAAAUCUUAGCUUGGAUAGUUGGAUUUGUACAUUCACAACCUGGUCUUUCUUGUUCUACAGUAGUUCUAUUUACAAAUUAAAAUGAGGACAUUGAUAUAGUUUUUUUAUUUUAAAUGAUGGUUACGUUCUAUUUUUUCAA